CCUCCCUCUGUCCAAUAAACUGUACGGUAAUAACCAGCUUAUUCUCCAUUCCUCCGGGAAGAAGAAGAAGAAGCCGGCGACUCGCCAUUGAUUCCGGCCGCCGCCGCCCCGCUCCCCCCUCGAUCGGUCGAUCCGGUGAUGGGGCUGCUGUUCGUGGAGCUGCUCCCGCGGCACGGCGACGGGGGAGGCCCCGCGUCGGCGGUGCUCAAGUGCCGCCGGUGCCGCGUCGACGCCGCCUCCGCCGACGCCAUCCUCUCACGGGACUUCCGCGGCCGAUUCGGCCGCGCCUACCUCUUCGACCACGUGGUGAAUAUAUCCUUAGGGCCUAAUGAGGAUCGGUAUCUGAUGACCGGACUGCAUACGGUGAAAGAUAUCUACUGUAGCUGUUGCCAGCAAAUUCUCGGCUGGAGAUAUGAGAAAGCAUACGAAGAGAGCGAGAAGUACAAGGAAGGCAAGUUCAUCCUGGAGAAGGCCAGGAUGUGGAAAGAAGCCCGGUGAAAAAGACUGGCGCCAUGGAACUCAUCAACCUGUAUGUAUGUAUUUUGUGUAGAUCCAAAACAAUUCAAAGAUUGUAACAACAACUUUGGCGGCGAUCAAAGUUUGUAUGCAUGCUGUAGUUGCUCAUGCAGUACUAGACCCCCUCAAAAGAAGAGAUGAAAACAGCUGCGUCUGAUUUGGGGGGGACGAAGAUUGACAACAGAAGUAGAGCAUCACUGUCUUUUUGAUGCAAAUUCUGGCACUUCGGUGGUAACGGUUUUAACCGAAAAAUGAUGAAGUGCCAGAGAUUAACAUUUGAUUAGUGCUUUUGGCCACUCAUGGCGCAGUUCAUUUCACACUUUGUUGUGGAUUAGUAGUACUCCCUCCGGUUUCAUUUUAA